UCAGAGGAAGGUCAGAAUAUUGUAAACGUAGCUUCUAUUGCCCAAAGAUCCAACGAAUCUCAAGCUAUUGCAUCAAUUAAAUCUCUAAAUUAUCAAAGAGAGAAAGUUAGUAAUGGAGUUUUCCAAAACUUUCCAUCAACGAGCAGUGCAUUUGGUUCAAAACAAAGCUAUCGCUACAAAUUCAUAAGCUCGCUUAUCAAACCACAGCUCGCGGGCAUUUUGGCCGAUCUUAAAUAUUUGGACGCUCGUCGUCAUCGUGUGAAUCCGGUAGAUUUAAAAGCGUUAAAUAGUGACUUCCGGUCUCAUGAAUUAACGACUGAGAAAGAUAUUAAAGAGAAUAAAGUUGGAGAAUAUUUAAAUGAACGGGAAAAUGGCAAUGACAUGCAAAAAGAAAGACAAAAGACCACAAAGAAAUCUGAACCGCAAUAUCAUGCUAAUGACAUGUUCAUAUUGGGUGCCCCAAAUCGUUCAACGUAUUUACAUGAUUUGUUCUUAGCUAAUCCAAUGCCAAUAAAUCAUUCCUCUGCCUCGGAAUUUGUGCUUGGAAAAUACAAAGAACAUGGACAUUUGCGACCUACUAUGCGAUGGAAAAAGUUGAAAACUUCACUAAAAUUUAAAAAUCAGUUCAGAAAACUCCACGUAUCAGGAUUUCAGCAGCACGUCCAUAAUCAAACAUCAAAGAAAGUGGGAGCACCUCCUCAUGUGCACAAGUUUAAAGAAACAGCAACUGAAAAUCACUCCGGAUCAUUUAAUAAAGGGUUAGAUAGAUUUCGUGGAUCCGGAUUCCAAGAACCUGUGUACUCAGGAGAGAGUUGGAAAUCGAAUAGAAAUGGUUCAAAAUCUGACACAAGAGUUGGCACUCCACCUAUCCAUGAAACUGUUCGAAAGUUAAAACCCACAUCUCGAGUGACGCUUCAAUCAUUGAAAGAUAAAAGUAUGUCGCAAACCGCAGAGAACAGUAAUGAAGAUGGCUCUAGUAUAAUAAACUUAAGUGGUGAGAUGAACAGUUCCAGUACUCAAGAAAUUCGUCCUUUGUCUUAUUUUAGACCCACUGCUGGUCAAGCGUUUCCAAAGGUAACAACAGUGUCCAGCUAUAGAAGGACAACUAUUUCUAACGAGGAGUCUGGAUCGAAUUCGGAUGUCGAAUCGUGGACUGUUGGCAGUGGAGAGGGAUCUGUUUAUUCAGGCAGCGGCGAAGAUGAAGCGUUUUUGAAUAAAUACUAUAAUCAUUAUAAGCCAGAACCGACUGUGAGGCCAUUAUCGUCAACAUGGAAAACCCUUACAGGUAAUCAUUAAUCCUUCAUAAAAGGUGGGGCAGUGCAGCCAGAGACCAAGAGAAAUGGGGGUGGGAGGUACAACAGGUGGGAGAGGAAUGAGCGGAAAAGGGACCUCUAAAAGGGCAGAAAGUAGGAGACUGAUAAAGAGAAAUUACGCAACAAUACUUCAUAUUUCGCAAUCGAAAAAGGGUAUUCUACUUAAACUGACACUAAUGAAAAUUGUUCACCUUUGGGGUUUAAUUUCUGUUGCGAAAGUUGAAAAAUGUUCUGGCAAGUUUGGCUUUGGUAAGAGUUAUGUUGCUAUGUGAUUUUGCAACGUAAACUAACCUGGCCUGAAAUACGUCUAACUUUGUAGUUCUCAGUCAUCACAAACUAUUUCGUAACUUCACUGCGAGCUACUGUACAAGAUCACUAGCACAUGUAAAAUCUAGCAUCCUAUUGGAUAACAACUAUCACGUGAAGUUACAAGUUCCUCUGUUUCUGCUAGAUAACAUUUAGUGGAGUAUUUUCUUUUUGUCUACUAAUCAGGAAUUCUCGGCGUGACAGACAAAGAAACGGAAGCAAAAUGUGGGAAACUGGGAAAAACAGGUAACUUCUGCAUCAUAAUCUGUUUGAGCUGAGCUUUUAUGAGGGAUGUGUCAGGGCUGUUUCUAGUUUUGCCCCGAGUAAGGGAAUCCAAGACAGUCUUGGAUACUGGAUUCCACACCAUGAAUUCUGGAUUCCAGCUACUAGAUUCCAGAUUCCAAUUGUUAGUGGGAUUCCGGAUUCCUUGAACAGUAUUCCAUAUUUCAAAGCCCAGGAUUCCGGAUUCCGCAAGCAAAAAUUUCUUGGAUUCCGGAAUCCGUAUUCCCUUACAUGGGGAGACUAGUUCACCCUGGAAUUUGAGAAAUUACAUGGUAUUGACAAAACCACAGCUUCGAGUCAAACAAAAUUGUCUCCCAAGCAUAAUAUCAAACGUUACAAAUAACAAAAGUGAACUUUGAAAACUCGCUGUCAGGCUAUCAAGUUUUCAAAAACCACUAUUGCAAUCCGUUUCAAUCUUCUUCAAGUUUAUCCAUCCGUGCCUCUUUUUAUAUUUACUGGGUUAUUAUUACCUUCUUUUAAGUUUUUGAGGGGUUAUUUUUAUGUUUCACUCAAUUUGGAGGCCGUUGCCACCUUUCGAUUUUUGAUAAAUUUCGUGGCACAGCUCCUUUUAAGAGAUAAACCCCUAUAAUAUUGGCAGGUAACUCUUUCUAAAUUCUCAUUUUGUAGACUAUAGAAAGGAAUGUCCGAAUGGAUGGCUUCAAUUCGAGCAGUUUUGCUACUUGAUCGUGCCACACCCAGUAAGGAAAUGGGAUGAAUUUCCUCCAAAAUGCAAUGAAGAGAAUGCACUUCUAGCCAUGCCAAAAACGGACAAACAACUCGGUUUUUUGCAGGACAAAAUAUUGUCCUCAAAAUACAAAACGAAGUAUUUCUACAUUGGUCUAAAGAAAAGGGAUGGAGUUUGGAGAUGGAUCGAUGACAUGCCAUAUACACGUGAUGUAAACGUGACAGAUGAGCUUGGUAAAAAGAACUGUAGCGCACUUUCCAAAGACAGUGAAACGCACAUGGUCACGUGUGGUGAACCAAAAGCUGGAUAUGUCUGCGAACUCAGAACAGGUACUGUUACUUAUUUGCUGCAAAUACAUUGUUUACUCUAUUAAGUACUUGAAUUAACUGGCAACGUUUAAGGCAAGCCUAGUCUAUGAUCCAGGAACUAGUGUUUAAUCUGUUUUUGUGGCGUUAGGCCACAGUCAUGAACGUCAAAACACCCAGUUCAUGAAAACGUUCCCUAGAACGAGUUUAUGGCGAAAUAUGACGUAUUUUUUUAGAGAGGACCCUUAACUCGAGGACUCGUGGAAGGCCAAAUGUUAAAUUUAAGUUCACAAAACAAUUUGCGACUAGCAGUUGAUCACUGUUAGUAAUACAUGCAUUCUCUUCGGUAAACAUUGUAGUUUCUAGAUUUCAUUUUUUCGUGGCUUUAAAUUAGAUACUUAUCGACAAAAAUGUUUUUUCAGCAAGUCAUUUAAUGCAAUAUUCAUUUUAGAAAUCGUUUUCAAGUUAAUUCCGGCUGGUAAAAGUUGAAAAUAGAUAUUUUACACUGCAAUUUAGCCUUGAGAAUGAAGUGAUUCUUCUUCCCUACUUUUCUGAGGAGAUAAAGUUAACUAUGAAAAGUGCAUUUGGUGGGUUCGAGAGUGAAAUGUUGUCAUUUUUUUUAUGAAUGUCCUGUCCCCAAAUAUAUGCAAAAAGUAUACACUUUACUUUUCGUUGCUGUUCUUGUCUUCUGUAGGAGUGAAGGCGAUGCCAAUUCUUGCUUUAGGAGACAGUUUAACGAGUGGUUUCCAUAGCGAAGACAAGAACCACACACCUUACGCCAAGACCCUAGAGUACCUCUUGAACAAGGACGUGCACAGGUGCUAUACCCUGACGACGGUUGCCAAGGAUCGUAUUGAAGCCUCUGAAAUAUCUGCGUUACUUCAAAAUCACCUACAAAACUGUAAGGUUCAAACUGCACCUACACCCCUGUUUUAGCGAUAACUGCUAAUUUAUAUUGGUCUAUUUCACGUGUAGCCUCCCACGUACACGAUCCGAGGGUUGCUUCGAGGGUCACGUGUCACGGGGAUGAGCACGUGAUGGAACCUUCAGAACGUUUGCGUUGGAGGCUAUAUCCCGUGUUAUAUUUACUACUAAUAAAGACUGUAUGUAUAUUAGCAUGUUUCAUAGGAUCUGUCUUACGGUGGCUGUGGUAACCUAUAAUGACAUGAUCAUAGAAUAUUCACCAAUAUUCGGGUAAGGUACUUAGUGCAUCCAUCUACCAAUUAGGAGCCGCAAACUGAAAAUUACCGAAAACUCGGCAAGCCAACCUCUCUUAGUGAUCGUUUUGGCUCACAAGUAUAAUUCGUUAUCACGACUAUGUAAGACCUAUCUAAGAUCAUGUAAUGAAUAUAAGGGACAGGGUCAGAGUUAACUUGAUAAAAUAUUAGCAAGUGCUAGGAAUUUCACCUCUUUAAAUUGUGCAACAAGCGAGGCAACAUAUUAAAAUAACUUACAGUUACCUGUACCCAGUCUUUUACCUGGGUUUAAGGGCGAUAAGAAUGACCAUGAACUUUGCUUUUUCCCAUGCAAUCUAUAGCCAGUUCCAGGUACGCUUGGGUCAUAAUUCUUGCUGGUACAAACGACAUUCUCCAUAACAGCGGCCACAGCAGCAAAAAGGCCUGGGACACAGCAGUGCACAACAUCAUUAAUCUCCAUAUCAUGUCGCACCGUUUUGGCGCAAAAUCGGUGGCGGUUACCAUUCCAGAAAUGGACUGCGAGGAAUCAGACAAACCACCUUGCCAGCACGCGCGUCUGGAACGACAAUACAUAAACGAAAAGAUAAGGCAUUAUGCUAGGACUAACGAAUUCACAAUCCUUUGUGACUUGGCGACAAAAUUGCCGCGGUAUUCUUUAAAGAACGAGGAGAGAAACCAGUUUUGGGAGGAGGAUUUACACAUGAAACCAGCAGGAUAUGAAAGAAUGGCAGAAAUCAUAUACAGAGAUCUUUUAGUACACAUUGACGAUGAAGAGAGCCUCAAGUAG